AUGGUGAGGACCUCCUCAUCCAGCCCCAGCCCGCCGCAAGGCAUCUCGGAGACCAUCAGCGACCCAACCUCCAGCGGCGGGGGCGCCGCAGCCGUGACCGAGGCCGCCGCAACCGCCACCGCUGCCGCCGCCAGCGCCGACGGCUCCCGCAGCGGUGGCAGCGGCGGCGCCAGCCGUGCGCCGCCGUCGGGACGCAGCCAGCCCAGCUGCCGCGUGCCGGGCUGCACGCUGCGCCUCCUUCUGGCCUACAAUCAGAGGCACCGCAUCUGCAGGGUACACCAGAAGUCAGCCACAAUAGACAUUGAGGGAGAGCCGUGGAGGUUCUGCCAGCAGUGCGCCAAGCUGCAAAAGGUCGAGGGCUUUGAUGGAGAGAAGCGGUCGUGCCGCGACAGCCUGAACCAGCAGAAGCAGCGGCGGCAGCUCAACCAGCAGCGCCAGCAGCUGCUGGUGCACCAGCAGCAGCAUGCGCUGCAGCAGCUGCAGCGGGAGCACGCGCAGCCCAUGGGGCAGGCCCCCAGCGCCGGUGCCGCCGUGGCGGGCUUGGACGCCGGGCUGGCGCAGCACCACCAGCACGAGCACCAGCCGCAUCAGCCUGCCAGCAAGCGGCAGAGAGUAUCGCCCGUGGCAACGCUGCCGCCGCAGCAAGCGCAGCAGCUACAAGCCCAGCAGCAGCACCAGCAGCAGCAGGCGCUGGUGGCGCAGCAAGAACACGCCGAGCAGCAGCAGCAGCAAGCGCGGCUGCAACAUCAAGCCCAGCAGCAGCAACAGCAGCAGCAGCAACAGCAGCAGGCACAGGCGCUGCACCAGCUGGCCGCCCAGCAGCAGCUGGAAGCCGGGCAGGAGCAGACACAUGCGUGCCUGCUGGGGCAGCUGCUGGCCGCGCCGAGACAGCUGGCACAGGGGCAGCAGCCCGCAGCACAGAGUCAGCAGCAGCAGCAGCAGCAGCUGCUGCUGCAGCAGCAGCACAUGCGGUGGCAGGCUUCCCUGGAACGGGCGGCAUCUGCCGAUGUGCAGCAGCGCCUGCUGCUCACCUCCUCUGUGCUGCAAGGCUUGGCCCCCUUCUCACAGCCGCAGCUGCAGCAGGCGCCCGCUGAGGCCUCAGCGGGAGCGGCGCUGGCGCCUCCGGCCGGCCCGCAGCACCAGCACCCGCAGGCGGCGCCCGCCUCGCACCUGAGCGCAGCAGAUGUGUUAGAAGCAUUCAACUCACGGCUGUCCCGCCUGGAGGGCCAGGUUCAGACCCUGCUGCACCUGCUCAUGGGGCAGCCGCCGCAGCAGGUACGGCCCGGCCUGCUGCCGCCGUCGCAGCCGCAGCAGCCGCCGCCGGGGCAGCAGCCCAGCCAGCAGCUGCAAAGCCAGCAGCUGCAGCAGCAGCCAAGCCAGCAGCAGGAGCUGCAACAGCCCGGCCUGCAGCAGCAGCAGCAGCUGGUACGGCCGGUGGUGCAGCACCCCGCGCCUCCGCCGUGGUUGGCGCCUGCGGGCGGCGAGGCGGCGGCUCGGCUGGGUCUGGCGCACGCGCUCGGCAGCAGCGACUUGCUGGGCAGCAUGCUCUCCCUGCCCUCGGAGCUGCUGCCCUCUCUGCACCUGGCGGUGGCGCAGCAGACGCAGCGCGCGCAGCAGGCGCAGCAGACGCAGCAGGCGCAGCGCUCGGUGCUGCUGCAGGCGGCGAAGCAGGCGGCGGCCGGCGGCGUGCCGCUGCCGCCGGGCCUGCAAGAGGCGGAUCGGGAUGGAGUGAUGCGCAUGGCCGCAGAGCUGCUGAGCAGUGCGCUGCACGGGGCGGGCAGCAGCAGCGGCGCAGAGAAUGGAGACAGCGGCAACGCUGCGCAGGCUGCCGCCACGGCGGCGGGGCCUUCCAGCCUGCCUCUGGAUGCUGCAGAGCUCCUUGGCAUGGCUGGAGAGCUUGGCCUGCUGUCUGUGCUGGGCCUGGGCCAGGCGGGCGGCGCCUCCUCGCUGCCUAUUGAGCUGAAGCAGCAGCUGGCGGCGGCAGCGGCAGCAGCGGCCGAGCUGCCGCACCGCGGCCUCAGCAGCGGCGGCGGCGGCGAGGAGCCGCGGCCCUCGGCGCCGGCUGCCUCUGCCAGCGCCGGCAUGUCGGCCGCUGCAGCCAAGCUGUGCACCAUCCCAAGGGACUCGCUGCCUGCCGCCGCCGCCGCCGCGACGCCGGCAGCGCCUCCGGCGCCUGCUGCGCCCGCACACCCAAACCCGUUCCUGGCGGCUCGCACUGCUGCGGCGGCGGGCAUCGGCCGAGCGAUGCAGCUGGGGCCAGGCAGCGGCUCUCCAGACACGCAUCGCUCCGAGCAGCUGCCCUGGCCGGCGCGGCACGGCCCCACCUCCCUCGACUCCUCCCGAGGCGGCAGCCUGCCGCCAGCAGCCGCGCAGCAGCCGUCUGCCAACGAGCACACCGCCGCCGGCGCUGCCCCUGCAGCAGCCGCAGCAGCAGGAGCAGGGACGGCAGGCGCCGUUGGCAGCAAAGAGGGCCGCAGCGGCACCGGUGCCGCAGCAGCAGCCUCGCCGGGGCUCGGCGGCAGCAUGGGCUCGCCGGCGGCGCACCUCCUCGGCGCCGCUCUGGGAAGCGACAGGAGCGCGAGCGCCAGCGGAGGAUCGCUGCCCCUUCUGCGCAGCCUGGGCGGCGCGAAGCCGGCCAGCCUCUCCAGCCUGCUCGGACACGGCCGGAGCGGCUGA